CCUGCCCAGCAGAGCCCCAGCACUGUGGCCCUACACCUGCCCAGACCAUGGCUGCGGCCCUGCGCUGCGCGUGCGCACUGGCGCUCGGCUGCCUGGCGUCGCUGCUGCUGCGACCCGAGGGCGCACGGGGCGCGGAGCUGCAGGUGCCAGGGGCCCCGGAGCCCAGAGUGGCCGGCUGGUUCUCCAAAUUGGGCCCGCUCGGCAAGUACAUGGAGAAGAUAUUCGGCAGCAGCGCGAAGAAACCCACAAACCAGAAGCCCGAGCCCGCCGCGAACGCCACGAGCCCCCCGACGCCCCCGAGCUCCCCGACGCCCCCGCCGCGGAAGGCGCCGGAGCUUGGACCUCCAGGCCCCGCCCCGCCCCGCCCCGCGAGAGCAAUAAAGAGGCGGGAGAGCGUGGCCCGGGCUUCUGGGCGGGGACGCGGGUCUCCCUGGCCCCCGCGCCGCGGCGACGUCCGGACCGGCUGCAGCGCGGCCGCUUGCGCUGUGCCCGCUGGUGGGCAGCAGGGAGGGGACCCUGAGUGCACAGCGACGCGGCGCCCCCGGGAGCCUCAGUGGGCCGAUUUUCCCCGGGGAGGGGCUGUUCCUCUCCCCAAGAGGGACCAGGCCGCCCCGCAGACCCACGUCCUCCGCAGGGAUGAGACCCCAGCCCAGCGGUGGCCCCGCAGCCUGGAGGCGCACCAGAUCCGGGGGUCCCGCUGGCUCCGUGACGGGGGCUGA